AUGCCUGUCCCCGCUGGAUACGUGAGCGAGUCCCCCGCUGCGGCCUUCGUAUCCUCGGCCUCGCUUAUCCCCCCUCCCCCGAUCAACACCCAGCAGCCCGGGGUCGUCACUUCGCUGCUUUACAGUGGAUCCAAGUUCAGGGGGCACCAAAAGAGCAAAGGAAAUUCUUAUGACGUGGAAGUAGUGUUGCAGCAUGUGACUAUGGAAGACUCCUACUUGUGUGGCUACCUGAAGAUCAAGGGUCUAACAGAGGAAUAUCCUACGUUGACCACAUUCUUUGCCGGGGAAAUCAUCAGCAGAAAGCGCCCGUUUCUCACAAGGAAAUGGGAUGCUGAUGAAGACGUGGACAGAAAACACUGGGGAAAGUUUCAAGCUUUUUACCAGUACGCAAAGACAUUCAACUCGGAUGAUUUUGACUAUGAGGAUCUGAAAAACUCUGAUUAUAUUUUCAUGCGGUGGAAGGAGCAGUUUCUUGUGCCUGACCACACAAUUAAGGACAUUAGUGGAGCUUCGUUUGCAGGAUUUUACUACAUUUGCUUCCAGAAAUCCACAGCAACAAUUGAGGGCUACUAUUAUCACAGAAGCUCGGAAUGGUACCAGUCGUUGAACCUCACCCAUCUCCCCGAACACAGCGCGGCCAUCUACGAGUUCCGGUGA